AUAAAAAACCAAACAAAAAUUUAAUUAAAAUAAAAAAAUGGGCAAUUAAUCUUAAUCAUCAAUUGUGGACAGACAAUUAUAUAACCCUUAAGACUUUACCCAAGCCUAAUCUUUAAACGAUGUCCGUUACGGGACAAUCAAAAUUUUAGAAAAUAAACAAUCAAAAUAAAAAGUGGCCGAAAUAACCAAAACUACAAACAAUGAAAAACAAUGGCAAACCCGAGUUGCUGAGUUAAAAUUCAGAAGUUUAUUAGAUCACCCUAAUAUAGUUAAAUUAUUGAAUUUCAAUUCUUAAUAAAACAACGAAUUUUGCUCGUCUUUUUACAAAAUAUGUCUUCUUUACGAAUAUUACUUUAAUGACUUAAAAACUGAAAUUUCCGAAAGGAGAAGAGUCAGAAUUCCAUACACUGAAGGUGAGCUUCUAUACUUAUUGCAAUCUCUAGCUAGUGCUAUCCUCUAUUUGAAGUCUAAAAAUGUAACUCAUGGAGAUAUUAGACCCUACAAUGUGCUCUUAAACGAUAUUGGUUAAGUAAAACUUGGUGAAUUGUACAUUUAAUCGUAAAACAUGUCCAAUUAUUCCCUCUUAUUAACGGGAUAAACUGAUGACUGCUAUAUAUCACCUUAAUUAUUAGAACAUUUGAAAAGAUUUAACCAAACCCCCACUUAUGAUGCCUCUAAAAACGAAGUUUUUUCACUGGGAAUGACCCUUUUAGAAGCUUCAACUUUAGAUAAUGUAAGCGCUAGUUGUUAUAAUAAAGAAUAAUACACACUAAAUUCUGAAAAGAUAAAUUCUUUAUUAUCCUAAGUAAGAUUAUAAUACUCUAAUAAUUUCUAUUAAAUUUUACAAAAAAUGAUACUCGAAUAAUAAUUAGAUAGAAUUUCUAUUGAGUAAUUAAACUCAGAAUUAGAGUCUUAAUGGGUCAGAAAUAAUGCUGCGAGAAAUAUUAGUACUAUAGAGAUUGUUAGUUAAUAAUAAUAACAAAUAGUAUAAUUAGAAACUCCGUUAAGUUAAAAUACAAUUAGAUAUGAAGUUUAAUAACCUACUUAUGUUUUAGAAUAGACAUAACCUGUAUAUCCUAUUGCUUAGAACAAUUUAAGCGACUUAGAUGCUAGAGUUGAAGCUAUUCUUAAAAUGAGCAGAGAAACAGUUUAAAAAUAUGGAGUAGCUACAAAUGAUAGUAAUGUAUAAACUAGUUAUACUACUAAUGUUUAUACUACAUCACUUCCUAAUGUUAAAUAAUAAGUCAAUUAUAAUUAAGCUGAAGAUUAAUUUAAAAUGUCUGGUAAAAAUUCCGUAAAUUAUGUUCCUUUUGACACAACUUAACAAGUAAAUUAUGCUCAAUUUACAAAUACUUCAGUAGGUUAAUAUGUUCCUUUAACUAUGAAUAGUAAUAAUAACGCAACUACUUAUACUUACGUAACUGAAUAAUAAUAAUAAUAAUAACCUUUAAACGCCUAAUAAUAAGAAACUUAAGUAUAAUCUAAUGAAAAUGUAAUAAAAAGGAGUAUGCCAAGAGUUUAAGCCUUUACUUCAAGUUAUUAAGAAGAAGAUGCAGUAAAAAGAGGUGGAAAUAAAAUGACAGAAUAAUCAUAUGAAAAUACUUAAUAAUAUUAUACCAAUUAUUAUCCUUAAUAGUAAAUGAAUGAAUAAUUACAAAAUUAAACAUACCCCCAAACAUACACUUUUGCAGACGAUUAAGCAAAACGAUCAGGAAAAUCAAACUCUAUAGUCGAAAAUCAUGUUGUAGGAGAAAGUCAUAGUGUUACUUAUAAUCAAUAUAGACCUCAGGUAGUUGAAAAUAUCACUAAAAAUACUUAUGUUGUUAAUGGUUAAGAUUAAAAUGGAUAAUAAAUGUCAGCUUAAGAAAGGGAGGCUUAUAUUUAGAAAAUUUUAAAUGAAGCAAGAUAAGUUGCUUAAACAGGAAAUACAUAUACUACUAAUAAUUAUACAACUAGUAAUGUAGAAUGA